AUGGCCGAGAAACCCUCAGUCCUGAUUAUCGGGGGGCUGGGCUACAUCGGCCGCUUCCUGGCCCUCUACAUCCACGAGAACAACCUCGCAUCAGACGUUCGCGUUGUUGACAAGGCCCUGCCCCAACUAGCAUGGCUUGCCCCGGAGUUCCAAGACGCCUGCGCCGGCAGCAAGUUCAUGCAGGCGGAUGCAAGCAGAGAACAAGCCCUAUCAAAGAUAUUCGACCGCCCCGACGGUAAACAGUGGGACUACGUCUUCAAUUGCGGUGGUGAAACGAGAUAUUCGCAAGAGGAUGAGGUUUACAAGCUGCGCUCCCUUGGCCUCUCGCUCGCCGUCGGCAAGGAGGCCGCCAAACGCAAGGUCAAGGCCUUUGUCGAGCUCAGCACUGGCAUGGUUUACAAGCCCGACUCUUCUCCGAGCAAGGAGGGCGAUAAGCUGAAGCCCUGGAGCAAGAUCGCAGUCUACAAACUGCAGGCUGAGGAGGAGCUGGCAAAGAUUGACGGCUUGAACCUCAUUAUCGUCAGGUUAGCACACGUUUACGGCCCCUACGCUUCGCAAUGGGUCGCUACGGCGCUGUGCAUGGCUCGUGUCUACCAGUACCUCGAGAGUGAAAUGAAGUGGCUGUGGGACAAGGGCCUCCGGACGAACACGGUACAUAUUUCAGAUGCUGUGCGAGCGCUAUGGGACAUCACAACGUGGUACGACUCUGGUAAGAACAAAUGGGACGAUAAGUCCAUGGGCAAGGUGCCAACCUUCAAUGUCGUCGAUAAGGGUGUCACCACACAGGGCGUCAUGGCCGAGAUCAUCGGCGACGUCUUCAAGAUCGAGACGGGUUUCCAAGGACAGCUAAUCAGCACCUUUGCGCGUCUCAAUAUGGACAGCGUCGUCGACGACGUCAACGACGAACUCAUGGGCCCCUGGGCUGAGCUGCUCGAGAAGGCGGGUAUCGCACGGCCGGGACCCCUGACACCAUUCAUGGAGAAGGAGUUGCUCAAGGACACGGAUUUGAGUAUGGACGGCAACCGCCUGGAACAGGUGAUCGGCUUCCAGUACGAAAAGCCAAAACUGACCAAGGAGCUGAUCGAGGAGGUGAUUGAGAGCUAUAAAAAGAUGAACUGGUGGCCGUGA